CCCCAGCAGUUUAUUGUUUUGUUAUUGUUGAAGAUAGAUAUGUGAUACAUAUUAUAACAAUAUUAUCUAUUAAUCCGAGAUAAAGUAUACAGAAACAUGUCUCAUUUCAGUGGAGCCCUCCAAUUAACUGAUUUAGAUGAUUUUAUAACACCUUCUCAAGAGUGCAUUAAACCUGUACAAAUUGAGAAGACUCAAACAACAACUGGAGCAAAAAUAUCUAUAGGAGAAGAUGGAAGCUACAAUCAAAUGGAUGUGUCAGGAUCCUUCCAGAAGUUGGAAAAAGUUGAAAUAACUUUAGCAGAUUGUUUGGCUUGCUCAGGAUGCAUUACUUCAGCAGAAGGUGUUUUGAUUACACAGCAAAGUCAAGAUGAAUUAUUGAGGGUGUUUCAGGAAAACAAGAAAUGUGAUAAAAAUGAGGCCAAAUUAAUAAUUGUUUCAAUAUCAAUUCAACCUAUACUGUCAUUAGCAGUUAGGUAUAAUUUGGCCCCAAAUGAAUGUGCAGCAAGAUUGGCAGGUUACUUUAAACAUUUGGGAGCUGAUAUUGUAGUUGAUAUGAGUUUGGCUGAAGGAUUUGCUGUAUUGGAGAAUCAAAAGGAAUUUCUCAAUAGAUUCAAAAAUGCUCCUAAGACAUUACCUAUGCUUGCUUCAAGUUGUCCAGGUUUUGUUUGCUACGCGGAAAAGACUCAUGGUAAUUUUAUUUUACCAUAUAUUUCAACUGUUAAAUCUCCUCAGCAGAUCAUGGGCAGUUUGUUGAAGAGUACUUUAAGUAAAAAGUGGGAUGGUAAAUUAGUAUAUCAUGUCACUGUCAUGCCUUGUUACGAUAAGAAAUUGGAGGCGUCCAGGAGUGAAUUCUUCGAUGCCGAUAGCCAAACCAGAGAUGUCGAUUGCGUGAUUACGUCGAUUGAAUUGGAACAAAUGUUAACUAGAGAGGGAAUAACUUUACUGGAUAUGCCGAAAUCAACAUACUCUCAGCCAUGGUUAGAUGGUAAUGAGGAGAUCGAGAUUCAAUUGACAAGAAAUUUGGGGUCCGGUUCAGGUGGAUACUCGGAUAACAUUCUAAAGAGAGCGGCCAAGGAGCUAAUUGGCUUGGAGUGCGACGAGAUUGUCUACAAGAAUUUGCGCAAUCCAGAUUUCAAAGAGAUACUCUUGCAGAAUAAUCAAGGAGAGGUUGCUUUGCGUUUCGCCAUCGCUAACGGCUUCAGGAACAUCCAGAACGUCGUGCAGAAACUGAAACGUGGCAAGUGUCACUAUCAUUACAUCGAAGUGAUGGCUUGUCCUUCGGGGUGUCUGAACGGCGGUGCUCAGGCUAGAUCCCAAGACGGGACUCACUCCAAAGAUUUGAUUGUCGCGCUGGAAUUGAUGUAUGAGAAGUUGCCUGUACUGAAUCUUUAUGAGAUCAAUGAAUUUGCUAAGGUUAUAAUUAGCAAGGAGGAGAUGAUGCGCACGGAAUACAAAGCUGUUGAGAAAAUAAACACGGCCUUGAAUAUAAAGUGGUGAUCAGUGAUUAAACAUGUUUGUUU